CUGCCAAAUCCCAAGUACAAGGACUGGGAUAAAAACAUAAGGUACCUAACCUUAGGCUUGCUUACCACGUCAGGACCACCUGGAGCUUGCCUUCUCCCAGAGCACUACCUUAUUAACUGCCCUUUUUACCUUACCUACCUUAUAUCAACACCUUGCACCUCUUUACCGUCCCUCUAGGCUCUCCCUCUCUCUUUGAUAUCACAAUUCACACGCGUCGAUCAACUCGAUCCAUCCAACGCUAACACGCCUGGGUCAAUAUGGCCGAACAUCCCCAUCUUCAUUACUUCACAUAACCGUCUAUAUUCCGGUUCUUUCACCUUUACCACAAACAUGGGCCGCUUCUUGACUCCAGCCAAGAUUGGCCUACUCGCCCUCGUCGAGCUCUAUGUGGAUGAACUCGUCCCCACUUCUGCUAUAAUACCCGUUCUUUCCUUCAUCACCUCAAGUCUCCUCGAUCGCGAACCCACAGUCUUGGCACCCAGCUGCUCCUCCUCUCCCCAGUCCCGGUGGACCAACGCUGAGAGGAGGGUCAGUCUGGUCACGUCCAUAAACGAUUUCGAAUCCCUUCUUGCCGCUUACCCCGUCGUUGUCGGCUUGCCAGGAAGGAAGCUAUGGGAUAUCUUCCUGGAAAAGCUCUGGGAUGUCAACUCCCUCCACCAGCUCCAUGAUUUCUUCGAUCGCCAAUCUCACAAUCUCGUCAUGCCCAGCGAACAGCUGCGCCGCUUAGGUCUUACCGAAGCCGAACUGCAAGGCAUCCGCAUCUCCCGCAACUCCCCCUUUGGCACCUUUAUCAGACGCUGCCAGCUCGAGUUCACCCGCCUGCGCUUCGAAGACUCCGUCGAGCUGUGGAAGGACUUUGUCAGCUACAGGCAGCCUACUCUCGGCCACCGUCAGCGAAGGAGCCCUUCCAUGGGCCGCAUGAGCUUCGAUUACGUCCUCGACGCAGGUGAGCAGGCCGAUUGGGAUGUCGAAGCUGUCAACGUCCUCGCUUCCAUUACCUACGGCGACUCCCUCACCAGCAACUCUUCCUCCAGUCUGCCCGUUAGUACCGACGAUGUGGAGUUCCUUCUCGAAUUUCAAAUCGACAAGAUGCAGACACAUGGAAAUCGAGUUCCUCUCGACGUCCGAGUUCGCUUUCAGCGUCUCCUCCAAGACAGUCGAGUAAUUCCAACCUUGAGUCACUACCUAAGCUUCCUCGACGCGUGGAAAUCAGGCGACCAUCCUACUGCCUUCGAUUAUCUACAUCGCUACUUUGACUACACCAUGCAGAGUCGCGAGCGUCUUUACUACCAGUAUGCGCUUAUGAACUUGGCUAUCAUCCAAGCCGACUUCGGCUCUCACAAGGAUGCGUUAGAGACCAUGUUGGAGACCGUGUCCACCGCCCGUGAGAACCAGGACAUGCCGUGUCUCAACUUCGCCCUCAAUUGGCUGUUCCAAUUCGGCCGAGCACAUCCCCGACUGAUCCGGGACCUCGAAUCCGACAGUCUGCUCGGGUCCGGAAAGGAGAGCCUGGCCUACCUCCGCGCCAAGGCCAAGGAGACCGGCAUGUGGCCGCUAUGGAGCUCCGUCUUGCUGAGUGAGGCCAAACUGGGCUUCUGCGACGGAGAAAGCGUAGCCAGCUGCGUGGAAAUGCUGGUCCGCAGUUCCCAACUCAUCGUCACGCGCAACCUGAAAAAUUUGUACGGCGCUCAGUUAACCAUGGCUAUGGCCCUGUGGGAACGUCUCGGCCUCGCCCAUCUGUCUGCCGUAGAGAGCGAGAUUUUCCUCCGUUGUCACAUCGGGCACACCAGUUUCGAUGACGAGCUGAAGGUCACCGCCCGUGUUGCCAUGCACCUCACCGAGAGGGGCAAGUACGACCAAGCUCUGAAAAUGGUAGAGGCCCUCGACGAGAACGCCCUUCGCUCAUGGAAGGCCAGUCAAUAUUGGUAUAAAUACCGGGGCAUCAUUAAGUUGACCCGUGAUCUGCGCCACGAUAACCUCGAUGCUGCGGAGCAGCUGAUGUCUCAGCUUCUCCAGUCGAAGCAGGACGAUAUGGAGCCUGACGUGGCUUUCGUCAUCAAUUCCCUACAUGUCGACUAUCUCAUGCGCCGCGGAGAUCUCCAAGCUGCCUUUAGCAAGGUGGAAGACAUGCUAGAUGCCCUCGACGACGGGAAACGAGACAUUGCCCUAUAUGUGCACCUCAUGCUUCUCAAGGCACAAUUAUUCGACAAGGCCGGCCGUCCGCAGAGAGGCUUCACCCUAGCAAUGCGGGCCGCGAGCACGGCCUGGCGGGCCCGCCUCAUCCCCACCCUCUGGCAGGCGUCUGGCGCCCUCGCCAGCAUCCUCUCAUCCCUCGGCGAAUUUGACGCCGCCGCCCAGCUCCUGACGGCCGUCCUCCCGCGCAGCUUGGAGUAUGAAUCGGCUGCCAUGAGCGGACAGCUCUAUUCACAUCUUGCCGAUGCCAACAUGGGACUCGCCGGGAAGGCACCGCCCAACUCGGCGCGGCGAACAGAGCACCUGACGAGGGCCGCGAGUGCGGUCGAGAAAGCGUUCGAUUCUUAUUCCGCCAUCGAGGACACCAAGAAGCAGUGCGAGAUGAUGGCAAAGAAGGCGACCAUUAUGAAGGUCGCAGGGGACAAGGCGCUGGCUGCGGAUUAUGCGGCCGCUUAUGUCUCUCUGCGAAAAAGUGCCGCCGCGCUCGCCACAUGUUAACAAGCAUGGUCUGUAGUACAAAUUGUACGAAGUGAUCCCGGUCUACACAGGCAGCAUCGCCCUCCCUCGUGCAGGACACCUUUGGCACGAAGGAUCCAUAGACACCUCACCACAGCCGGAAUCCCCAGGGUCUUGCCUAGUUCAUGAGCCUUAACGUCACAACUGCAUCUUCCCCGGCUUAGCAAGCCCUAAGAUUCAACACUAGUCACAGCGAUACAGGGAAGCAGUGUUGAGCAAGUGAUUCUCCGCACAUACAUGUCGCCGCUCACCAAAUCGUUCGGUGCGAAACUGGAACGAGAGUUCGAGUCAUUGACUGUUUUGAUUGUUCGGAAUCUAGGAAAUCAUAUACAGGUCGACUGGUUCGUCGUGUCGUCCUCCCUCUUUCGCCAGCCCACACCUCCAUCCUAGUGAUCAAUCAC